CAUGUAAAAUUUACUUGUACGAAAGAGAAAUUAACCCCCUCACUCACUCACUCACAUCACAUUAACAUACUCCAUUGUUGUUAUUUGUACAUUUCUUUACAUUACCUAUCCACCAGCUCCCAACCUCCAUUCUACAGUUGUUUUUUUUUUUUUUUUUUUUUUUUUUUUUUUUUUUGUUUUGUUCUAUUUUAUCUGUCCUAAUAAAACCCAGUCUCUAUAUAGUCUCACCUAAAUAGACAACCCUUCAUUGCAUUAGUACCACUCACAACACUGUUUCUCUCUGAAUUCCUCUUGGACAGGUCAGUCGUCUCAGCACUCCCAUUUCACUCCCCUCUGUUUGAGGAAUUUGGAGAGGCUGUGCACCAGAAAAACAUAAAUCCAAAAAAUUUGGGGAAAAAAAUGGAUUUCACCGUUAUUUUCAUGGUUAGCACCACGCUGGCCCUUCUGUGUUCUCCAUCAACACAUGCCCAGACUGCUGCACCUCCAUCACUAGCCCCGACUCCGGCGCCUGCACCGGCACCGGGGUUCGUGAACCUCACUGACUUACUCUCCGUUGCAGGCCCUUUCCACACCUUCCUCAGUUACCUUGAGUCCACCAAAACCAUUGAAACCUUCCAAAACCAAGCCAACAACACCGAAGAAGGAAUCACACUCUUUGUCCCAAAAGAUGAUGCAUUUUCAUCUCUCAAAAAGUCCACACUCUCCAACCUCACCCAAGACCAGCUCAAGUCAAUCUGCCUAUUCCAUGCAUUGUCACACUACUAUAGUCUCUCAGAUUUCAAAAACCUCAGCGAAACAAGCCCCAUCAGCACGUUCGCCGGUGGCCAAUACUCUUUGAAUUUCACCGAUGUGUCAGGAACUGUGCACAUUGGCUCCGGUUGGACCAACACCAAAGUGAGCAGCUCUGUGUACUCGACUGAUCCCAUCGCUAUUUAUCAGGUUGAUAAGGUCUUGCUUCCGGAGGCCAUCUUUGGGACCGAUAUUCCUCCGACCCCAGCACCAGCACCAGCCCCAGAUAUUGCCCCAGCAGCCGACGCCCCAGCUGGAAAAGAUGGCGGUAAGCCAUCUACAUCAUCUUCACUUGCAUCAUCUUGUUAUAGGAUUGUGAACUUGGGUGUUUGGAGUCAGCUGGUUUUGGCAGUUGCUAGUGGGCUAGUUGUGUUCUUUUGAAAGAGGGUGUAAUGGGUAUUUUUAAUUUAUGUUACGAGAGUUCAUUGAUUCAUUUGCUUUGAUUUGAAGCCAUUUUUUGGAUUAUAUGUUGUUGAAUACAGAGGAGUAUGAGAAUGUGAGUUACUCUUGUAAUUACUUUUUUUUUUUUUUUUUUAAUCAAAAUGGCCUUUUGCUUGCUUUCUGGUUUAA